AUGGCCGAGACGGUGAAGUACGUGGACGAGGAACACAAAAACGUCUUCCUGAAGUUGCUGAACGAACAGCGUCUGGAGGGCGAGCACUGCGACAUCGCCGUGGUGGUGGAAGACGUCAAGUUCCGCGCUCACCGCUGCGUCCUGGCCGCCUGCUCCAACUACUUCAAAAAACUCUUCAAAAAACACGAGGUGGACAAUUCGUCCGUCAUCGAGAUCGACUUUAUCCGUUCGGACAUCUUCGAAGAGGUCUUGAACUACAUGUACACGGCCAAGAUCUCGGUCAAGAAGAGAGACAUCAACCUGAUGAUGUCGUCGGGACAAAUCUUGGGGAUUCGCUUCUUGGACAAACUCUGUUCACAGAAACGAGAAGACGCGCCGUCCGAGGAAAAAGACAAGUUUCCUUUCGACAUCGUGAAGAUGGCGCUCCCUCCUGAGGCUCAGCUGGUGGCGGACGCCGAGGUCGGCGUUCUCGGGGAGCACGAGGACACGCCGGCCGCAGACGACCUGGUCGGGGCCACGGCCAGUCAGGAGCUUGAGAAAUCUCCCAACGCGGCGCUGCGUGAGCAAGAAGCCAUUCUGAAGGAACUAGCCAACGAGCACGUCCACAAGGUGGCCUGCUACGACCAAGACGUGGUGCCGGACAUGGAGACGGAACCCAAAGAUCUGGGGGCGGAGCACCACGCCACCCAGACGCUCACCUUCGACAGCAUGGGAGAGGUGAAAGACGAGCAGCCGCCCGGUUGGGCCGCCGCCGACAUGAAGUUCGAGUAUCUUCUCUACGGGCACCGGGACCAGCUGGCCUGUCACGUGUGCGCCAAGACCUUUUUGGACGAAUCCCGACUCAGGAAGCACGAGAAGCUCCAUUCGGCCGAGCGACCCUUCGCCUGCGAGAUCUGCGCCAAAGCUUUCACCACCCACGCUCACCUCAAAGAACACCUGAAGAUCCACACGGGCUUCAAGCCGUACCGAUGCGACGUUUGCGGCAAAUCCUUCAUCCGGGCUCCGGACCUGAAGAAACACGAGCGGGUCCACAGCAACGAGCGACCGUUCGCCUGCCAGAUGUGCGACAAGGCUUUUAAACACAAGUCUCACCUGAAAGAUCACGAGAGGAGGCACAGAGGAGAAAAACCUUUCGUCUGCGCGUCGUGCACCAAGGCCUUUGCCAAGGCGUCGGAUCUGAAACGCCACGAAAACAACAUGCACAGCGAGAGGAAGUUGGGGAAUCCUCUUCAGAGCGACACGGAAGCCCUGCAGGCCGCCGCCAUGGCCGCCGAGGAGUCGCACAUGGACGGCAUGGCUUGCUCCUAA